CUCUAAGUUUAGUCGGUGUGCUGCUGAACGGAGUCAUAUUUCUUAGGAAAGACAUAUAAGCACAUUGACAGAGGCUUCGACCAGGCAAGACAGAUUAACCUCAGGAUCAUGCCGGCGGGAGGACUUUCCGUGGCCCCUUCGGGGAGCCAGUUCGAGGCUAAGAUCACGCCCAUCGUUGUCAUCUCCUGCGUAAUGGCUGCCACUGGAGGCCUCAUGUUCGGCUACGACGUUGGUGUCUCCGGGGGAGUGACAUCGAUGCCUGACUUCUUGAAGAAGUUCUUCCCAGUGGUAUACCGACGGGUCGUCCAGGAUCCAGGGAUCGACAACAGCAACUACUGCAAGUACGACAAUGAGGGGCUCCAGCUAUUCACGUCCUCCCUCUAUCUCGCGGGCCUUACAGCAACUUUCUUCGCAUCGUACACCACGAGGAAGCUCGGGCGCAGGCUGACGAUGCUCAUUGCCGGGGCCUUCUUCGUGCUCGGUGUCGUGUUCAACACGGCAGCCCAAAACCUCGCCAUGCUCAUCAUCGGACGGAUUUUACUUGGCUGUGGCGUUGGUUUUGCUAAUCAGGCUGUCCCGUUGUUCCUAUCGGAGAUUGCACCGACGAGAAUACGUGGUGGACUCAAUAUACUGUUCCAACUCAACGUCACCAUCGGAAUCCUCUUUGCCAACCUCGUCAAUUACGGAACUGCCAAAAUUAGGGGGGGAUGGGGAUGGAGACUGUCACUGGGGUUGGGGAUCCCUGCUGCUCUCCUAACCAUAGGAGCCCUCAUGGUGGUGGACACCCCCAACAGUCUCAUCGAACGAGGCCAUAUCGAGGAAGGAAAAGCCGUGCUCAGGAAGAUCAGGGGCACCAACAACAUCGAGCCUGAAUUCCUUGAGCUCGUUGAGGCGAGCCGUAUUGCCAAACAAGUAAAGCAUCCAUUCAGGAACCUCCUCAAGAAGCGAAAUCGGCCUCAGCUUGUCAUUGCCAUGGCCUUGCAGAUAUUCCAGCAGUUCACUGGCAUCAAUGCUAUAAUGUUUUAUGCACCGGUCCUCUUCAACACAGUAGGAUUCGGAGGGGACGCAUCUCUGUACUCCGCGGUCAUAACAGGAGCAGUCAAUGUCCUCUCCACCUGCGUGUCAAUCUACUUGGUAGACAGGGUGGGCCGGAGGAUGCUCCUCCUGGAGGCAGGGGUCCAGAUGUUCCUCUCCCAGACUGCGAUUGCAAUCAUCCUUGGACUCAAGGUCAAGGACCACUCCAGCAACCUUAGCCAGGGCUUCGCGGUCUUCGUGGUGAUCAUGGUGUGCACAUUUGUGUCCUCGUUCGCAUGGUCAUGGGGCCCACUAGGAUGGCUCAUCCCGAGUGAAACAUUCCCUCUGGAGACCCGGUCAGCAGGCCAGAGCGUGACUGUGUGCGUGAACCUGCUCUUCACGUUCGUGAUGGCCCAGGCAUUCCUCUCGAUGCUGUGCCACUUCAAGUAUGGUAUAUUCCUGUUCUUCUCGGGUUGGGUCCUGGUGAUGUCGUUGUUUGUGCUGUUUCUUUUGCCCGAAACAAAGAAUGUCCCAAUUGAGGAGAUGACCGAGAGAGUGUGGAAGCAGCACUGGCUGUGGAAGAAGUUCAUGGAAGAAGAAGGUCCUGAUGAUUAUGAGAAGGGAGAUGGAGCUAAUGGGGUCAAUGGUAAUAAAACAAACAAGACUGGACAUGCCAAUGGAUACGAUCCCACCUCCCAGUUGUAAAUUUAGUAUUCAAGAAAUAAUCGAGAGAGAGAGAGAGUAUAGCACCGACAAAUAGUUUUAUUUCUCUCGACUCUGUAAUGUUCGUGAUGAUCUAUAUGCUGCAGAAGCUUAGAUGUGAUUCUGAAAUAAGUUUAGGAUAUGAUAACUAAGGAUAUUCUGAUCCUUGCCAUGAUCGGUUUUCUUCCAUACAACGAAUAUCAAUAUUUAUUAUCUUCAA